UUUUAAAUAUGUGAAGCCAUUUAGCCCUGGUUAAUGAAAUUGUAGCGAAAGAUUAUGAGCGGUCGUGGAAGGGGCAGAGGAGCACUUGCAAGAUGGGAAGCUGCUAAAACUAUAAGAGAAAGUAGCACGCGUGUUGGGUCGUCGGUUUUGUCUCUUUCUCGAGAACAUGAAUCCAAACCAAAGGUCAAACAGUCUCCUGGCGACUCUGUCAACAAUCAUACGCUUGCAAGAGUCACUCAUAUCAUCGAUGUGGAGCACUUUUGGGCCCAGACAGGUACUUCUGAUGAGCUAAAACAGUUUGACACAUACAUGACUGCAUUAAAUUCAUGGUGUAAUGAACAACAAAGAUCAAGUGUUGAGAAAAUACCCACAUGUGGUCAGGCAGUGUGUGUAUUUCAUUCAAGCACCAGCCAGUGGAGAAGAGGUCAGGUUACUAGGCCUAUUAGCAACAGCAUGUUAGAUGUAUUUUACUUGGAUUAUGGACAGUCAGAAUGUGUACCAUUGGAUAGAGUUUGUCAUCCCUCUCCCAGUGAUAUAAUGUCUCGCCCAGUUCUAGCACAGUAUAUAACACUGGAUGGUGUGAAACCUAUUAGUGGAAGCUGGUCAGAAGAGGCUAAUAAAAGAUUCAGUGAACUUGUUUCAAGCAGACUUAAAAUCCAUUUUAUUGACAAUUUUAGAGGGAAACUUUAUCUGCGAAAUAGAGAUGGGGAAGAAACUUCAGUAGGUGACGUGCUUAUCUCUGAAGGCCUUGCUAAGAGUCCUGAUGAUGUUGUUAAUAAAGGGAUAUGGAACAGAGAAGUUGGUAGUGGUCAUCAGAAAGACAGUUCUGUCAGUGCAUUGAGUUCUGACCAGCAGAAAAGAUUAGAUGAACAGUGGAACCCGCUAACAUUCCAUCCAGCAGAAUCACGGCAACUAUUGUGGCAGAAAAGCAACAGCUUCAUUACCAUAAAAGAUCCAUCAACCAAAUUACCCAUUUCUUUAAAAGACCAAUCUUCACAGAGAGAGCUAUUUAAUUUAAACCAUAGUGCAUUUAGUCCACCACAAGUAUAUGGUAGUAAAUCACAGAGAGAUACAUAUUCAAGUGCAAUUUCCUUGAAUGAUGUUCCUCUUCCACCAAAGCCAGACUUUGAAAUGCAGAACAAGGAAAAGAACAUUCUUGAAACAUUUAAUGUCAAAAGAACUGAUCCAGGACCAGUGGAAUCACUGCGCUCAGCGAGGCCUUACCUGGCCAGCCCAAGUGCAUUUCUCACUCAGUCACAGACAGGACACAGUUCAACCAACUCAGUAUUACCAAGCAAUGAAUCACCUCUAAAGUACCAACCACCUCAUCUGCGAUUUUCACAACCAAAGAUGAAUGAAGCAAAUGCACCAAGCACAGAACCCAAGCUAGAGAAUUUCACUUCCCUCACACAAAGCAGGAACAGUUCUUUUCAGUCAGUUCAGAGGUUGCCACAGUCACCUUUCUCAAACUUUUCUUUCAGUCCAAAACAAGGGAGAAGUAAUAUUGCUGCUCAGUUUCAAACAAACAAUUCCACAAAUGUAGGUGACAAUUCAGCAAUAACACAACCAUUGCAACAACAAACUUUUCAACCAUGGCAACAGUCUGAGUGUCUCAAAACACAGCCAUUGAAUGAAAAUGCUAGGGACGAAGAAUUGAAAGCAGAGUUAAAGUGGAAAAUAUGGAAGUUUCAACGGAAUGUAAAGAAACUUAUUGACCAUAUGGCAGUGGGUGAUAAUGGAGAUUAUCUACAAGAGCUUGAAAAGUUAAUAGCUAAUACCAGAAUAUCUCAGGAGUUUCCAGGAGUUUCUGAAGUGUCUGUUACUGUAAAACUAUUACUUGAGAAGGUUAUCAAUAAUGUCAAGUUUGAAAAUGUGGCAGUUAAAGUGUGCACACUAUUUAGAGACAUGCAUAUACCUGAUGCUGGUGAUCUUAUCAAUAAAGAGGUGAUGACUUGUCAAAAACAGCUGAUGGAUCAAUCAGCCUUAAGUGAUAUCUGCCAAAGGUGUCAACGAUUUUCAUCAUUUCUUGGGAAACUUUAUCUGGAGGUUUUAAAUGAAAAUGACUCUAAUGGUUUGAAGCCAUCAGUCGAUAGCAUCAUAGCAAAUAGUCUCCACGACUGGUUAUCAUUUGAUCAGGCUGAAUCAGUGGCAAUUCACAACAUUAAAGCAGCAUGUCUGACAGGAUUCUUAAGGAUCACAGGACCAAAAGUUGACCGAGCAGAAGGGAAUGAUAUCUCAAGAUAUUUUGCUACAAUCAGGGACCUUGUACUUUCACCAGAUCUUGCUGUGCCAGUCAAAAGUACUUUGCUGGAUAUUUUGCUCUUACGAGCAUCAGGUUGGAAGAUUGAAGAUGAAGUAGCGAAGCAAGAAUCUGAAGGCUCAUCAAUGGAGGAUGAAGUGUUAGUUGAACCUGAAGAUGACCUGACAGAGGAGCAGCUCCAGGAGGGCACUGGGAACGAGGGUGAUAGUGAAGAAUGGGACCCAUACUGUAAGGUCAAGUCGAUGUUAGAAAACCUGAAGCUGCAGGAUUUGUUUCAAAAGUUUUUCGACAAUUGUAUUCGCGACUCUCUCCUCACAGCUGAUUGGGAAGAACUUAAGAGAACUCUGCAGGAGGCCGGAUUUCCUCCUGGUGUUAUUUUGGAAAUAAGGAUGUACUUAAACAAAGGGCUAUUGGAGGAAAACGUAACGAAGAUCUUAAAGCCUCCUGCACACAAAAUCAUCAAUGCGUCAACUGCAGGAAAAAUUAAGGAGAUGAAGAACAAACCCCCUAGAUCUCCUUCGCCGACCAAAUCAAACGAGAGCAGUAUUGCUAUAAACCAAUUGAACCAGGAGCUGCAGCAACUCAUGAUUGAGGGAAAACAAGACAAAGGAGCACAAAGAGUUUCGCCAACAAAAAAAAUCAGCCCCCUCAGUCAACAAACAGGACACGAAGGAACACCGUAUAACAGGGCGGGGACUCGUAAGUUUGUUAGCAAGGCUGAGAGGAGACGGUCAUCAGAGGGCUUACCUGAAGAAGUAUCUUAUUUAUUACCGGACUAUGCUGAUAGCUUGUAUGAAAGGAUGGCUCCGUCUCCUCAUGCUCCAGUGGAACCCAGCAAUAAACGCCCCACCGUGGAAACAAUUGCUGAGAGUCAAACUGUAUCUUCAGUGUCGUACAGUGCUGUGCUCAAGGGCGUGUCACAGGAAACAACUAAACCUGGGGCAGCUAAAACAAAAGAAAGUCAGUCCAAGACAUUUUCUCGGCCCCCACCUGGGUUUCCUCCUCUCCCCACCCAUGGUGGGGACACUAAGAUGCACAUGACAGUGUUAGGCAACAAGUCAAAGACAAAAACCCCUGGACCGUCAAAUAGUACACCGCGAAACAAUACCCCAACCCGAGCUGACGCUAGUAUGAACUGGCGAAACGAUGGCCGGCAAGAACCACGCAAUCAAACUACCAUACAACCAGUAAAUCCAUCACCCUCUGAACAGGGAGUUAAAUGGAGAUCAUAUGAUGAUACUGUUUCCCAGACUGAAAGUAAAGCGCCACCGAUGUCUGGAGCCUCCAGCGACGCGUCUAGUCAGAGAGGAGAAACACCGCAGGAAGAUCAAGCAUCUGUGAAAUCCGAUGAAUCUAAUGAGCCCCCGCCGAUCGUCCAACCCCACCGGGUAUUUGGCCCUGGUGGUUUAAAGGCUUGUGUGAUAUGUGGUAGUAAGGAACAUCUACGGUGUAACGACCGCUCAAAAAUGUUUAUGGACUAAAGAAAAGAGCACUUAACACGGAAGCGCUUUUCGAUCGAGUGUCGUAAAACCAAACUGAUCACAAAGGCUGUUCAUAGCGCAGACGAAUAUCACAAGAAACCAAUGAGAAGUCAAAGUAAUUACAAGUAAACAACGUCAAAUGCACAAAAAUUCAAGUGUUAUUGCCACAGUCGUUCCAAGUUUAGCAUCUGAUUGAUUUAAAAGAGGGCAUUGUUUUUUUUAGUGCAAUCAUUUAGUGAAGGAAAUCAACACAGUCCCGCAGUGCUUUUGACAUUGACUUCAGAAUUGCUACCCUUUGACUCUGUGACUAUCAUGUACUCUGAGCAAAAGAAACAGCUUUUCAACGAGCUUCUUAUUUAACCCUGUGACUCCUAACAGUGACUAGCAUCUAAUUUCUCCUUACAAUAUCACCCCUGAAUCAAACAUUAAGGUGAUGAGAAUAAAGGAAAUGAUCACCAGCUUAAGAAGCUCUUGAUUAUUAAACAAAUUCUCCUUGUCAACCCUACAGGAAAUAUAUAGAUAACAGUAGGGAGAAUGUGCAUACAGAUGUCAGGGUGUAGGGGGCUAAAUGGUAGCGCAGCACGAUCUAUUCCGUGAACAGUACUAUUUCCUUACUUUGCAGAGGCAGCGUGAAGAUCUUUGUUUAUUAGGUACAGUUAAAGCGUUUAUCGUCAUGUAGGACUUUUUCCCGUUCUAUUUAAGAUUCAAACAACCUAGAACCAGUGCCUGCUUAUAUGAUUGACGUCCACUGAGCAACUCAAUUUGGGUUCCUCCUAUCGGUUUCUGACGUUUUUCAGUUUCCUGUGAAUUUUUUAAUAGUUUUCGAUACAAAAAAAAAAUACCUUGGUAAUGCCAUAGUUUGUUUUAUCAAAUAUUUGGUUUGACUUGCUGCAUAAGAAUGCUUUAUCUUAAAGGU